UAAUGAGUAAUAAUUUGAACACUUCUGAAAUAUAUAAUAAUGCUGCUGCUCUCUAGACGCUUUUACAUGCCUUAUGUAAGUCAGUGUCCCAUACUGAUGAAGAAUUCAAUCUGAAAUAUGAUGUUUAUGAGGCAAAUAAAUUUUAAUAUUUUAGAGAUUGAUGAGAACUUAUAAUAGAUGGGGAUAUGGUGCUUAGAUGACAACUUUUGGAUCAUUAACAUAUUAUUGUUUGAAGGCAAAUGGUGUUAAGAGCAAAUUAACUUUUGGUUUUUUGUAUAUAUACUGGAUAAAUCAUUUCUUUACUGUUGGGAGUUUUAUUGGAGUGACUUUUUCUUUACCUUGGGCAAUGAGACAUCUAUAAUAAGUAGAUUAGAAAUCUAAUCUAUAUUAAUAAUUAACGCAAAUUUAAAAUCUAAUAAGAAAUCGUAAAGAUGAAUCAGAUAGUGAAUUAAAUAACAUGUUUUAUGCAUUAAGAGUAAUAAAUAAUGAAGUAAAUUUAUAUCAUUAAUAUUUAUUUACAGAAAGUUUAAGAUUAGAAGAGAACUCAAUUAGUAGAAAACGAUUUUUUUGAUAAACAUCCUGAAUAUGUACCUUAAGUAAUGUAGGAAAAUCUAAGACUUCCAUAUUUGGAUUAUUUCUUAGUGCGAUUUGCUUAUUUUACAUUUACAAGAUGGAUUACAAGAGUUGGACAAUUUGCAGGAAUUAUACAAUGAU